GCGGCCGGAAUGAUUUUCCGCGGCGGCCGGCAGGACCAGCGUGCUUCCUCUCCCUGCGCUCCAUCGGCGGUGCAGCCUGGGGCUCCUCGCGCCUCCGCAUCACUUUCUGUAGCCGAAGACUAUUCACACGGGAAUGAAGAUGGCUGUUUCCAUCUCAGAAGAUGAUUGCAUCAACUUUGUGAAAAUGAGAUUCAUUGACAGUAUACUUUACUUUAUACCUGAAAAUUAUGGAGUCCUGGAAUCAGAUCACUUUGGCAAGCUUGUACCUAAAUUGUCAAUCAUACGAAAUUUGGAAAACCAAGUCCUCUUUAUUGAUCGUGAGAAGCGACCUGUGUUUGAGGCGAUGCCUGAUUCUGACUGUGCAGCAAAUGCAUCUUCUACUACAUUUAACAUAUAUGUGUAUAAAGAUAGAUGUGCUAGAGGUAUGGCUGUAGCCUUCUCUGUGACAUGUAACGGAAACCAUACUCUAUCCUGUAAGGACAAAAAUAUUUCCUUUAAGGAAAUCAGUCCUCCUGAUAAUAUCAAUGACACAAAAAGUGACAUGAUAUUCUUUCAGAGAAGCGUUCCAGGACAUGAUGAUAAGAUGCAGUUUGAGUCUUCAUUGUAUGAAGGAUACUUUCUAGCUUGUCAAGAAGAGAAAAAAAUUUACAAACUUAUUUUGAAAAAAAAGGAUGAAUAUGGAGAUAAAUCUGUAAUGUUCACUGUUCAAAACAAAGGCUAGACAUUCACAUUCUACAAUUGAAACUUUCUGAGUUUUGUGUUUCUGAAAGAUUUUUUAUUAAAGUUUAUAGACCUUA